AUGGAUGCUCAAUUGUCCCAUGUCAAUCUCGAUGACAGCCGGAGCAAGGCUAUCCUGAUUGUCGCUUCUGUUUUCCUCGGUAUCUCCGCGGUGAGCGUCAUUUUACGAUGUUUUGUGCGCAGUCACAUUGUGCGUGCAUUCGGGUGGGAUGAUGCCGUGAUGGUGUUGGCCAUGGUGCUGAACCUGGGAUUUGCACUCUGCGGCAUUAUCGCGUGUAAAUUCGGACUGGGGAGGACAUUGGCUUACUUUGCCAUCCCCGGCAACGAGAACGACUUCCACCGCGCUAUGCUGUGCUGGUGGAUCGGACAACUCUUCUACGUGAUCACCUGUGUCGUUGCCAAGAUCUCGAUUAUCAUCGCCCUCCUCCGCAUCACGGUGGAUCGCAUCCACGCCUACAUUUUAUAUUCCGCCAUGGUCCUUGCCACUGCCGUUGGGGUCAUCUUCUUCUUCUUCACAAUGUUCCAAUGCAGCCCCGUCGACUUCUUUUGGAAUCGAGCGCAACAAGGCGCGUCGGGCAAGUGUGUCAGCAACAACGUCCUCAUCGGCAUCGCAUAUUUGUACAGUGUGGGCGCGGCCAUCACGGAUUUGACGAUUGGACUCCUUCCCGUGGCCCUGAUAUGGAACUUGCGCAUGAACACCCGAACUAAAUGUGCGAUCGUCGGCAUUUUGGGAAUUGGUUGCAUUGCAAGUGCCGCGGUUAUCAUUCGAAUUCCCUUCGUUCACCACUACAAAGACAAAGAAUUUUUGUACAACACCUACCAAAUUUCCAUCUGGUCCAAUGUCGAAGCUGGCCUUGGCAUCACCGCCGGCUGUCUCACCACUUUACGCCCCCUCGUCCGAUUUCUUCGCGACGGCUCCUCCGCAGGCCCUAGCCGCGGGUUCCAUCGGUCCACACGGUCCAAGCACGAGUCGCGCGAGGACUCCCGACAGCUUUGGACAGGCACCGAGAGCGAUGACUACCAUGGCGUGACCACGACCAUCAUGGGCCGCCAGAACGUGCCAACUAGUUCCGAAGAGGAUCUGAAUCCUCCCAGGGCGGGAGCCGAAUCUCCCGGCUGGAAAGUGGAGAGGUCUGUUCGCGUGUCUGUGCGCAAUUCAUGA